GCGGAGGGGCGGUGGCGGAGGGAGAUGAGGAGAUAGGCGGGAGUGAGGGAGCGAGGGAGUGAAAGAGGGCGAGAGGAGUGGAGCGGCGCGGGGAGGCCGCGCAGCUUGGUUGCUCCGUAGUACGGCGGCUCGCGAGGGAGCAUCCUGAGCGGGCUCCGGGACGGCCGGGAGGCAGGCGGACGGACGGACGGACGGACGGGCGGGCGGGGAUGGUGUGCGCGGCCGCGGACCCUGCGUUCCUCCGCGCGGCGUGCGGGCUGCACUGAUUUGUGCGAGGGGCGGCCGCGCGCACCCGCCCGGAGAUGAGGCGUCGAUCAGCAAGGUGAAAGUUAUAGAACCAUGGCUCAGUUUCCCACACCCUUCGGUGGUAGCCUGGAUAUCUGGGCCAUCACUGUGGAGGAACGAGCCAAGCAUGACCAGCAGUUCCAUAGUUUGAAGCCGAUAUCUGGAUUCAUUACUGGUGAUCAAGCAAGGAACUUUUUUUUCCAGUCUGGGUUACCUCAGCCUGUCUUAGCACAAAUAUGGGCGCUGGCGGACAUGAAUAACGAUGGAAGGAUGGAUCAGGUGGAGUUUUCCAUAGCCAUGAAGCUCAUCAAACUAAAACUGCAAGGCUAUCAGCUCCCCUCCGCACUUCCCCCGGUCAUGAAACAGCAGCCAGUGGCUGUCUCCAGUGCACCAGCAUUUGGUAUUGGAGGGAUUGCUAGCAUGCCACCUCUCACAGCUGUUGCUCCCGUGCCAAUGGGCUCCAUCCCAGUUGUUGGAAUGUCUCCACCCCUAGUAUCUUCUGUCCCUCCAGCAGCAGUGCCUCCCCUGGCUAACGGGGCUCCUCCUGUCAUACAGCCUCUGCCUGCAUUUGCUCAUCCUGCAGCCACAUUGCCAAAGAGUUCUUCCUUCAGCAGAUCUGGUCCAGGGUCACAAUUAAACACUAAAUUACAGAAGGCACAAUCAUUCGAUGUAGCCAGCGCCCCUCCAGCAGCAGAAUGGGCUGUGCCUCAGUCAUCAAGGCUGAAAUACAGGCAGUUAUUCAACAGCCACGACAAAACCAUGAGUGGACACCUAACAGGUCCCCAGGCAAGAACUAUUCUCAUGCAAUCAAGUUUACCCCAGGCUCAGCUGGCUUCAAUAUGGAAUCUUUCUGACAUUGAUCAAGAUGGAAAACUCACUGCAGAGGAAUUUAUCCUAGCUAUGCACCUAAUUGAUGUUGCUAUGUCUGGUCAGCCACUGCCACCUGUCCUGCCUCCAGAAUACAUCCCUCCUUCAUUUAGAAGGGUCCGCUCUGGCAGUGGGAUGUCUGUCAUCAGCUCCUCUUCUGUGGAUCAGAGGCUGCCUGAGGAGCCGUCGUCAGAGGACGAGCAGCAGGUAGAGAAGAAGCUGCCUGUGACAUUUGAAGAUAAGAAGCGGGAGAAUUUUGAGAGAGGCAAUCUGGAGCUGGAGAAGCGCAGGCAAGCCCUCUUGGAGCAGCAGCGCAAAGAGCAGGAACGGUUAGCUCAGCUAGAGCGUGCUGAGCAAGAGCGGAAAGAGCGAGAGCGCCAGGAACAGGAGCGCAAGAGACAGCUGGAGCUGGAGAAACAGCUAGAGAAGCAGCGGGAGCUGGAGAGGCAGCGAGAGGAGGAGAGAAGGAAGGAGAUCGAGAGGCGGGAGGCAGCAAAACGGGAACUCGAACGGCAGCGACAACUUGAAUGGGAACGGAACAGGAGACAGGAGCUCCUGAAUCAGAGGAACAAGGAGCAGGAGAGCAUCGUGGUCCUGAAGGCGAGGAGGAAGACUCUGGAGUUUGAGUUAGAAGCUCUGAAUGACAAAAAGCAUCAGCUAGAAGGAAAGCUUCAGGAUAUCAGGUGUCGACUGGCAUCCCAGAGGCAAGAAAUUGAGAGCACGAACAAGUCUAGAGAGCUGAGAAUUGCUGAAAUCACCCACUUACAGCAGCAGUUGCAGGAAUCUCAGCAAAUGCUUGGAAGACUUAUUCCAGAGAAACAAAUACUCAAUGACCAAUUAAAACAAGUGCAGCAGAACAGUUUGCAUAGAGAUUCACUUCUUACCCUCAAAAGAGCCUUGGAAGCAAAGGAGCUGGCCCGGCAGCAGCUUCGAGAGCAGCUGGAUGAGGUGGAGAGAGAGACCAGGUCAAAGCUGCAGGAGAUUGACGUUUUCAACAACCAGCUGAAGGAACUGAGAGAAAUACAUAGUAAGCAGCAACUCCAGAAGCAGAGGUCCAUCGAGGCAGAGCGGCUGAAACAGAAAGAGCAGGAGAGGAAGAGCCUAGAGUUAGAAAAGCUAAAGGAGGACGCUCAGAGACGAGUUCAGGAAAGGGACAAGCAAUGGCUGGAGCAUUCGCAGCAGGAGGAGCAGACUCGACCUCGAAAACCCCACGAGGACGACAGACUAAAAAGGGAAGACAGUGUCAAGAAGAAGGAGGCGGAAGAGAGAGCCAAGCCAGAAAUGCAAGACAAGCAGAGUCGGCUUUUCCAUCCACAUCAAGAGCCAGCUAAGCCAGCUGUUCAGGCACCCUGGUCUACCACAGAGAAAGGCCCGCUUACAAUUUCUACAAGAGAGAGUGUAAAAGUGGUGUAUUACCGAGCACUGUACCCCUUUGAAUCCAGAAGUCAUGACGAGAUCACCAUCCAGCCAGGAGAUAUAGUCAUGGUGGAUGAAAGCCAGACUGGAGAGCCAGGGUGGCUUGGAGGAGAGCUGAAAGGGAAGACAGGAUGGUUUCCUGCAAACUAUGCAGAGAAGAUUCCAGAAAAUGAGCUUCCCACUCCAAGCAAACCAGUGACCGAUCUGACAUCUGCUCCUGCCCCCAAACUGGCUGUGCGUGAGCCCCCCGCUCCUCUGCCAGUGACCACUUCUGAACCCUCUGCAACCCCCAGCAACUGGGCAGACUUCAGUUCCACGUGGCCCAGCAGUACAAAUGAGAAACCAGAAACGGACAACUGGGACACAUGGGCGGCUCAGCCUUCUCUGACCGUCCCCAGUGCUGGCCAGUUAAGGCAGAGGUCGGCCUUUACGCCAGCCACAGCCACUGGCUCCUCCCCAUCUCCUGUCCUGGGCCAGGGUGAAAAGGUGGAAGGGCUACAAGCGCAAGCCCUGUAUCCCUGGAGAGCCAAAAAAGACAACCACUUAAAUUUUAAUAAAAGUGACGUCAUCACCGUUCUGGAACAGCAAGACAUGUGGUGGUUUGGAGAAGUUCAAGGUCAGAAGGGUUGGUUCCCCAAGUCUUACGUGAAACUCAUUUCAGGGCCCGUAAGGAAAUCCACAAGCAUCGAUACCGGCCCAACUGAAAGUCCUGCUAGUCUAAAGAGAGUGGCUUCCCCAGCCGCCAAGCCAGCCAUUCCUGGAGAAGAAUUUAUUGCCAUGUACACUUACGAGAGUUCUGAGCAAGGAGAUUUAACCUUUCAGCAAGGGGAUGUGAUUGUGGUUACCAAGAAAGAUGGUGACUGGUGGACGGGAACGGUGGGCGACAAGUCCGGAGUCUUCCCUUCUAACUAUGUGAGGCUUAAAGAUUCAGAGGGCUCUGGAACUGCUGGGAAAACAGGGAGUUUAGGAAAAAAACCUGAAAUCGCCCAGGUUAUUGCUUCCUACACUGCUACUGGUCCCGAACAACUCACCCUGGCUCCUGGUCAGCUGAUUCUGAUCCGAAAAAAGAACCCAGGUGGAUGGUGGGAAGGAGAGCUGCAAGCUCGAGGGAAAAAGCGCCAGAUAGGGUGGUUCCCAGCAAAUUAUGUCAAACUUCUAAGCCCCGGAACAAGCAAAAUCACCCCAACUGAGCUACCCAAGACCGCAGCGCAGCCAGCGGUGUGCCAGGUGAUCGGGAUGUACGAUUACACCGCACAGAACGAUGACGAGCUAGCCUUCAGCAAAGGCCAGGUCAUCAACGUCCUCAACAAGGAUGACCCGGACUGGUGGAAAGGAGAAGUCAGUGGGCAAGUUGGGCUCUUCCCAUCCAAUUAUGUGAAGCUGACCACAGACAUGGACCCCAGCCAGCAAUGGUGCUCAGACCUCCAUCUCUUAGAUAUGUUGACCCCGACUGAGAGGAAGCGACAAGGCUACAUCCAUGAACUCAUUGUCACAGAGGAGAACUAUGUGAAUGACCUGCAGCUGGUCACAGAGAUCUUUCAGAAACCCCUGACGGAGUCUGAGCUGCUGACAGAAAAAGAGGUUGCUAUGAUUUUUGUUAACUGGAAGGAGCUGAUUAUGUGUAAUAUCAAAUUGCUGAAAGCGCUAAGAGUCCGCAAGAAGAUGUCUGGGGAGAAGAUGCCGGUGAAGAUGAUCGGUGACAUCCUGAGCGCCCAGCUGCCACACAUGCAGCCUUAUAUUCGCUUCUGCAGCUGCCAGCUCAAUGGGGCUGCCCUCAUCCAGCAGAAGACGGAUGAAGCUCCAGACUUCAAGGAGUUCGUCAAAAGACUGGCAAUGGACCCUCGGUGCAAAGGAAUGCCACUGUCCAGCUUUAUACUGAAACCCAUGCAGCGUGUCACACGAUACCCACUGAUCAUUAAAAAUAUCCUAGAAAACACUCCUGAAAACCACCCCGACCACAGCCACCUGAAGCAUGCCCUGGAGAAGGCAGAGGAGCUGUGCUCCCAGGUGAACGAGGGAGUUCGAGAGAAGGAGAACUCAGACCGGCUGGAGUGGAUCCAAGCCCAUGUGCAGUGUGAAGGCCUUUCCGAGCAACUGGUGUUCAAUUCGGUGACCAACUGCUUGGGACCACGCAAGUUUCUGCACAGCGGGAAGCUCUACAAGGCCAAGAGCAACAAAGAGCUGUACGGCUUCCUCUUCAACGACUUCCUUCUGCUGACCCAAAUCACAAAGCCCUUAGGUUCUUCCGGCACCGACAAAGUCUUCAGCCCCAAAUCUAACCUGCAGUAUAAAAUGUACAAAACGCCCAUUUUCUUAAAUGAGGUUCUAGUAAAAUUGCCCACGGACCCUUCUGGAGAUGAACCUAUCUUCCACAUUUCCCACAUCGACCGGGUCUACACUCUCCGAGCAGAAAGCAUCAAUGAGAGGACUGCCUGGGUGCAGAAAAUCAAGGCCGCAUCUGAGCUCUACAUAGAGACGGAGAAAAAGAAGCGAGAGAAGGCAUACUUGGUCCGUUCCCAGCGGGCGACCGGUAUUGGAAGGUUGAUGGUGAACGUGGUAGAAGGCAUUGAGCUGAAACCCUGUCGGUCACAUGGAAAGAGCAACCCAUACUGUGAGGUGACCAUGGGCUCUCAGUGCCACAUCACUAAGACAAUCCAGGACACGCUGAACCCCAAGUGGAAUUCUAACUGCCAGUUCUUCAUCAGAGACCUGGAGCAGGAGGUUCUCUGCAUCACUGUGUUUGAGAGGGACCAGUUCUCGCCCGACGAUUUUUUGGGACGGACAGAGAUCCGAGUGGCUGACAUCAAGAAAGACCAGGGCUCCAAGGGGCCAGUUACGAAGUGUCUCCUGCUGCAUGAGGUCCCCACAGGAGAGAUUGUGGUCCGCCUUGACCUGCAGUUGUUUGAUGAGCCGUAGCAGCCCUAGGAUGAUCGUAGAUGACUUCCUCCUCAAGGUCCCAUAUGGGCAUGCUAUCUGGUGGUCAGCCACGGAGCAACGGGGGACAGCAAAGAUGAAGCCCCACGAGGCUGCUAGGAGUCAUUCUCGACAAUCCUGCCCUUCAAACCAUGUCUCAUUUUAUGAAUCCAAAUUCUCUUUUCCUUUGUCCUCCCUAUGGUCUCAUCAUGUCUUCUCGGGUCUCUGAAAUCCAUAACCUCCAACUAGGUUCCACUGGGAGCCUGGCUCCUUCCCUGGGCUGGAGGUGUGGGGCUGGUUCCUAUAAAAUAGAUUUAUAAAUGCAGUGACUGUAUUUUGGA